CAAGGUAUAGAAAACAGCCAAAACAUAUUUCUUAUCUCUUAGACCUCUUCUAUCUUCACCACUUCUCUUUCCACUAAACUGAAACCAAAGAAGAUGGCAAUGUCUCUUCAAAUGGGUCUUUCUUCUCCUUCUCAACACCACCUCCUUUUGAAACCUACACAUAGUAAUCCUCUUUACACUGCUCGUAAGUCUAAACCUCAAAUUUCUUUUACUCGUACUCGUACUACUACUACAGCACUUCUCUCAUCUACCAAAGAAGCUGUUUUGAAGGAUUUUCACCACAAUAGAGCUCUUAAGAUUAUCUCUGGUUUGCAGAAUUUGGACAGGAACAAUGUAGCUUCUGUUGUGACUGCUGCAGAUAAGGGAGGAGCAACUCAUGUUGAUAUUGCCUGCGAUCCUGAGUUGGUGAAACUUGCAGUCAGCUUAACAUCCCUUCCGGUUUGUGUUUCUUCUGUAGAUCCCUCAGCUUUCCUAGCUGCUGUUGAAGCUGGCGCAACAAUGGUGGAAAUCGGAAAUUACGACUCAUUUUAUGAGAUGGGCAGGAUUUUCUCUCCUGAAGAGAUUUUGAAGUUGACAAAGGAAACUAAACAAAUCCUUCCAAAUGUGACCUUAUCGGUCACUGUGCCGCACACCCUAAGCCUCCCUGAGCAGGCCAGGCUAGCAGAGCUCCUGCAGCUCGAAGGUGCUGAUGUUAUCCAAACAGAAGGGGAAUGUUCAACACCUUCAAAACCUGGGGUUCUGGGUUUGAUUGAGAAGGCAACACCCACGUUAGCAGCUGCGUAUUCAAUAUCUCGAGCAGUGACAAUCCCAGUCAUGUGUUCUUCUGGUUUAAGCGCUGUUACAGUUCCAAUGGCCAUAACAGCAGGGGCUGCUGGUGUUGGUGUUGGCUCUGCUGUUAACAAGCUUAAUGAUGUGGUGGCAAUGAUCGCUGAAGUUCGAAGUCUUGCUAAUGCACUGGCCUCAUCACAGAAGCAAGCGAAUCUGGAUCAAGAGAAAACUUUAAAGUGGCUGUGAUUAGCAUUGCCUAGUAUAUCAUUAUUAAGAGACACAAAGUUUCAGGUUUUGGAUUAGCCUAGCAAAAUUAGUCAUUACCACAAUUGAAGCUCUAACGUGCCAGGUUUUGAAUAUAAUAUUUACUACUAGGAGCAACUGCGUAAGGAAUGAGACAGCAAUUUCAUACACAUAUUGAGGUUACAAGGUUAUAAAAUAGAGUAUGGAUAUGGAUCUUUAGUGAUAAUAUUGUUUUCUGUGUCUAGGAUGUACGGAAAAAGUUGUCACUUUUCUUUCAAUCAAUAGUGUUGGUUUAAUGUCAAAUCUCCGCAACUCUUGUUAUUGAGCUGAAUGAUAGGGGAAUAUGGAAAUGACUUAGUUUAUCAUGAAAGGUUCUCCUAUGGUAGAAUCAUAUGUGUACAUAUAUGACCAGCACAAAGUACCAAAUAAUAUGACAACUAAUUUGGGUCUCCAGGCAAA